AAAGUAAUAGAGAGCAUGGUCAACACUCGCUUGAUGUGGCACCUUGAAGAACGCGAGCUUUUGGCCCCAACAAUGUACGGAUUUCGCCCAGGGCUAUCCACUCAAGAUAUACUCCUGCGCCUAAAAGAUGAUGUCCUCGACGCUAAUUCGGUGCACCCACGGGCUGCUGUCGGAGUGGACAUACGCAAGGCAUUCGAUGGCGUCCCACACAGUACGAUCAUGAACAAGGCACGUGCCCUUGGCCUUAGAGGGAAAAUGUACAACUUCAUAGCGGGUUUCCUAGAAGGGCGAAGUUACCAAGUCGAAAUUGGCCAAGACGCCAGUGCCAUGCGAAUGAACCACGUAGGUGUUCUUCAGGGCUCGGUGAUUUCACCCACUCUGUUUAAUAUAGCUAUGCACCAGCUACCAAGACGCCUUGCCGACGUAUCGGGCCUCAAACAUGCGGUGUAUGCCGACGAUGUCACCGUGUGGACACAUCAAGGAUCCAUCGGUGAGCAGGAGGAUGUCUUACAAAGAGCCCUCAACAUUAUUCACGACUACGCACUGGAAACAGGCUUACAAACAGCCCCAGACAAAAUAGAGUUCGUCGUCAUUCAUGGGGGCCGAUCCACCUCUGUCAAACAGGAAGAAAAGCGGUCGUUUAAACUUUACAUCGGCAAUCGACCCAUAACGCGGAAAUCUACUAUCCGAAUACUUGGUAUGCACUUAGAUGAGAAUUGCACAGCGAGCACUUGGUUCCAACGCGUUACGAAGACAAGCAGACAAAUCCUGCACGCUUUACGCAGAAUCUCUUACCGUACUCGUGGAGUCAACGAACGUGAAAUGCGGCAGUUUGCUCAAGCUUUUCUCGUCUCUCGUAUCAUGUAUGGACUGCCGUAUCAUCCGGUCAACCGUACGCAAAUGCUCGCGCUCGACCGGUUACUCAACGAGGCCAAACGCAUUGUUACUGGACUUCCAAGGUACACACACCUCGAUGCGCUCAAGAGCUGUAGCAAGCUCAACAACCUGCCCGAGCUCAUCGACAUGCACAUCCAAACACAGGAGACGAGGCUUCGUGCAACAAACGCCGGGCGACACACACUCAUGCUCCUCGGGUAUGACAUCCAUACACUUUCCAUUUUGCCCAACAAAACGCCGCCAUGGGAAAUCACGGUACUCACCGAUGGCAAGCCACUACCACUCAAUAUGGAUCCUAAUCAGCGAGUGCGGCGCCUCGCCUACGCCAAGAGGCAUGCUAAGGCUACGAGUUCCCUCCCUUUGACUGGACGCAUUAUAUACACGGACGCUGCACUUCCUACAGACGGCACCAGUAACACUUGUUAUGCCACUGCGUGGUACGACCAGACAAACGGAAAUCAGAACCGACGCCAUCAUGUAUCAGCAGAAGCCAUGUACAGCACCCGAGCAGAGCUAGUGGCCAUCCUAGAUUAUUUGGAGUGGGCCCUCGAAACUGCAUCUGAAACUGAACCCGUUCAUCAUCGUGUGUACACAGACUCACAGGCUGCCCAUCGGGCAUGUGCUAACGUUCUUUACACAGACCCUGUACUGCAGAAGAUCCGGCACCAGGCGCGCCUACUCCGCGAAUGCGGUCACGAAGUCACCAUCCUCUGGGUCCCCGCACAUUGUGGUAUCCCCGGAAACGAGAAGGCUCACAGAUUAGCGCGUGCUCAUCUCUCCACCGCGCUAGCCAGAGCCUCUUAUACUCAAUUUCCUCUUCUAGCUACCACACCCAAGCUAGCAGAUCCGAUCGCAGAAAAGCAUAUUACUGAACAACGUCGUGCCGCUUACCUCACAGUAGUGGGCAAUCCACUCUUGAUACCGUCGAUUCCGUCGAAGGUAUUUACACGACGAGAGUCUGUGUUGCUUCGGAGAAUUCAGACAGGAACACUCCUUACUCCUUUCUUGCUUAACCGAUUUCACAGGGGCGGCACACCACCACCCGUAACCGGUGUCUGUUCCACAUGCAACUGCCGUUCGGACCUCAACCACCUGUGUUGGGAGUGCCCCCUCUACAUCUCACCCCGGGUUCGUGCCCUGGCCACCAUAAAGCGGGGACCCUGGCCUUCCUCUCUCCGGACAUGGGCCUGUCCGGAUCCCACACUUCCGGAUCGGGCCAUCGAGCUCUGGCGAGCACUCCUCUUGUUCCUCCAGGACCCGGCGGCACCACCGGUCGGCGAUCGGCUCCGCGACAGCCAAAAGUUUGAAGCGGCCGCCACUUAG